AUGGCGAUAGUCCCAGCUCCGCUGCUGACCUUCACGGCACUUUCCCUCCUCUACUCCGCCGCCCAAACCGCCGCCACCGGCGAAUUUUUCUUGUCUACACCGCUGCCAUACCAGCACCUCUCAUCCGCUUGGCUCCUCGAGCCAAUCCUAGCAAACCUCGGCUUCCAUGAGCUCUCCAUGGCCGUCAACGGACUCUCCGACUUCCCCGCCGUUGCCCACUGGGACGGCCCCACUACUCUCUUCGCUCCCUCGGAUGCCGCCGUCGAGUCCUGCUUCUCCUGCUCCGUCCCUCGGAUCCUCGCCGAACACAUGGUUCCCGGCCUCUUCUCUUCCAGCGAACUCCGGGAUCUCGCAGCUCACGGCACCAGGAUCGAGACCAUGAACCCCGGCCACUGCAUCACCCUCAGCUCAGACAGCGCCGCCGUGAUCAACAACCAGGGCCGAGUCUUCGUCGACGCCGCCGAGAUCACACAUCCCGAUAUGUUCAACAACGGCCUGAUGAUCGUGCACGGGCUCGGGGACCACCUCGUCUCUCUGCUUCACCCGCUGUCCUGCUCCUCCACCGCGAGAUCUCGAUCUCCACCGCCGUUCCUGGAGCCGCCCGUGACGGCCGCCGCAUCUAAUCCUCGGCUCGUUAUGAGCCUGAUGCUCCGGGAUGCGAUGGUCCGGCUGAACACGGGCGGGUUCGCCGUCCUGGCGCUGGCCCUGAGGGAGAGGUUCGAGGACCUCGUUGCGCUCCAGAACGCGACGCUCUUCGCCAUGGAGGACCGCUCGGUGUUCUCCGACCCCCGGAACUACGCCGGCAACGUCUGGUUCCACAUCGUCCCCAACCGGUUCCUCGCCAUCGGAGACCUCGCCAGCCUCCCCGUGGGGUCCACGCUGGAGACGAUGGAGAGGGGGAGGAAUCUGGUGGUGACGAGCUCAGGCGAGCUCUCCUCCGCCCUGCAGAUCAAUGGCGUACGUGUCAAGAUCCCGGAGGUGGUGAAGAACGCGAGGCUGGUGGUCCACAGCAUCUUCCUGCCCUUUGUUCAGCUUCGAUCUGGGCCGUCCAUUGACAACGUGAUCGACGGCGGCGGGGAGGUCGACGUCAACCGGACGGCUCCCGGGUCGCCGCCAACGCCUCGCCAGUCCAUCGAAGAUCAAGAGGGAUGUGGGCUGGGCCCCACAGCAGUUGAGGAUUCCCAUGGGCUUUGA